GGAGGUGUUUGAAGAACCAUGUGAGCUCUGUUCGUGAUGUAAAGACGGAUCCUUUCGCUUUUAUUUGAUUUUUUUGACUCCCCGACAGUUAUGAGCAUGCACCCCACAACUUGUAACCACUGGGGGCUCUUUUCUCGCUGAUGAUGCGUUGGAGUUACGCGUGGAUUUCUUCCAGGCUGUCCGACAGAACUCAUGAAACCCUCUUCAGAGCGACGGUUUGUGGACUUGCGCAUUAGCUAAUGAUGUCUGUGGGUUUUAUCCCUGACAGUCUGAAUGGCUCAGAUCCCUCCAAGUCGGCCUUUCUAGAAUUCGGACACGGACACUCGACGCACCAGCAGCACUCCUCCGGACUCUCUCACGUUUAUCCGGUUCACGGCUUGCAAGCUGCUGGCCAUUCCCAGCACGAAAGCCCCUUUCCUGGUACCGCGUCCUAUGGCCGCUCUUUGGGCUACGCCUACCCCGGCACGGUGAACACUCAUCCCCCGUCCGCUUACAUGCCCUACCAACACAGCAAUCACAGCAACAGCAACAGUGUGACCCACAGCAGAUUAGAGCACACAGACCACGACAAGUCCUCUGUGAUUGAAGGCAGAGACAUUCGUCUAAAUGGAAAAGGGAAGAAAAUUCGCAAGCCUCGGACCAUCUACUCCAGUCUGCAGCUGCAGGCUCUGCACCAGCGCUUCCAGCAGACACAGUAUCUGGCCUUACCGGAGCGCGCAGACCUUGCGGCAAAGCUGGGGCUCACACAAACUCAGGUGAAAAUAUGGUUUCAAAAUAAGCGCUCCAAGUACAAAAAGAUCAUGAAGCAUGGCAGCGGAUCAGAGGGAGAACAUCUCCACGGCACCAGCUCCAUCUCUCCCUGCUCGCCCGCAUUGCCCCAGCUAUGGGAGGUCUCUAUGGCGAACAAAGGAGCCCCGGUCCAUCCGAGCAGUUACAUGAACACUUUCGGUCAUUGGUAUCCGAAUCAUCACCCUCAUCAUCAGGACGCGAUGCACAGGCCUCAGAUGAUGUAAUUUCAAAAGAAAGAUGGAAUUGCCGGUUCCUUAAAGAAGCCUGGAUUAAUAACAACCGGUGCUAUGAGACACUG